AAAAAGGAAUAAACGCGUCUGUGCUAGAUCAAUCAGGGACCUUGACUUAUAUUUAGUUUCCUCUUAGAUAUUUUCAAGAACACAAUUCCGCGAAACAGUACAAGUCGACCGGAGAGGAUGGAGAUAGAAGAGGGAAUCGUUCGUAAGCAGACACUCCGCGGCUUUCUGCGGCGCGUACCUCAGCGACUGUCGGAAGCCGUGGAACACUUCUUUUACGGACUCGGACUGAGGAUCGCACGGCAACCGAAGAGAUGGCUCCUUACGAGUACUGUGAUAGUAUUAAUUUCUCUCUCCGGUUUGUACUUCUUUCGACAAGAGAAGAACCCCGUGAAAUUGUGGGUGCCACAGGAUUCGGAGUUCGUUCGUGACACCGAAUGGAUGUUCGACAAAUUCGGACAGGGUUUGAGAAUGGAACACAUGAUAAUGACAGCUGACGAUGUGUUGAUGCCAGAGAUUCUUGCCAAGCUAAACGAAAUAACAAAAGAAAUUAUUUCUGCACAAACGCCGGAUCAGAUUUUAUGGACAGAUGUAUGUUUCAAAGUACCUGUUGUAUCAGGUAUUGUACAUAGAAAGAGACGCAGUGAUGAGUUUGAUGAUUUCUUUGACGUUGAACCCGAGUCACAGAUAAAUAGUACCGCAUUUGAACCCGCGGUUCACGCCGACUCUCAGCUCUAUUGUAAUAUAGUGAACAACUUGCCGAAGGCUUGCCUUUUAAACAGUAUUUUGGAUGUAUGGGAGUACGAUACUAAGAUGAUCCUCGAAAAGUCUAAAGAGGAAAUUAUCAGUGAUAUAAAUACUGCGAAAGUCAGUCCCACUUUGGGCCAUCCGCUAAAUUUCACUGAAUUGCUGGGUGGCGUAACGAAGGACGAGAAGGGUAGAAUUAUCUCGGCUAAAGCUGUGACGACUCAAUGGGCAGUUCACAUAAAUUUUUCAGAAGUAGAUAUGGACAACUUCGGCAAUGAUGUUGGAACAGCCGAUUGGGCAACCGACGAUGUAAUGAAGUGGGAGUUAACUUACUUAGAUGUGUUGCAUAAAAAUGCAAAGUUGUUAAACAAUAGAAACGAUGCAAAUGAUACAUCAGCUAUUUGGUACGAAGCUGGUAGAAGCUUCGGCGAUGUUACAUUUGUGACGAUGUUUGGAAAUAUGGAUAUAUUGUCGAUAGGAUUCAUUUUGAUGUUCUUUUACGUUCUAGUCAUAUUUUCCGAUUAUAACUGGGUGGGAUGGAGGAUCUACCUCACUAUCGUUGGUCUCCUAUGCGUGGGUGGUGCUUUCAUAAUGUCGAUCAGUGUAUGUUCCAUACUCGGCAUUCCCUACGGGCCAGUACACACUUCUUUGCCAUUUUUAUUAUUAGCUCUUGGCGUAGACGAUAAUUUCUUGAUAAUGGCAUCUUGGAAAGAAAUACACGCGCAUACGUCGAACCGAAAUAGGCCGUUGGAAGAGAGAAUAGCUUUAAUGUUAGGUCACGCAGGAUCGGCGAUCAUUAUUACUUCUCUCACCGACGUUGUUGCAUUCAUUAUUGGUGCAUCCACCAUAUUGCCAUCUCUGCAGUCGUUCUGUAUUUAUGCGGCGUGCGGAGUAUUAUUAACGUUUUUCUUUCAAAUUACGUUUUACGUCGCGUUUUUCUGCAUCGACGCACGGCGAAUCGAGAAUAAAAGAAAUUCGAUAAUACCGUGCAUCGUGCACGAGAAUUUCACGCAGAAGUUUCCCAAUCCGCAGGACGAACUACCAGCGAAGCUGAUAACUAAAUUAUAUUCGAACGUGGUUCUAACGAUACCGGGUAAAAUAGUUAUAGUAUUGAUAACGAUAGUUACAGCGUCGGCCGGAGUUGUGGGCAUAUUGCAAUUGCAACAAUGGUUCGAUCCAGCUUGGUUCAUACCGAGCCACACGUAUCUGAGCAAAUACAUCGACGUACGUCGCAACGAAUACCCGGAAGUCGGCUACGAAGCGAUGAUUCUUAUGGGAGAUUUUAACUACACCUCUGAAUUCCCAAAGAUAAUAAAUCUAGCCGAGAGAUUCGCCAAUUUGUCGACUGUACAAACUAUAAAUUCGUGGCCUAACGCUUUUGCGAAAUUCGUCUGGGAUUAUUACCAAAAAGAUUUGCGGAAUGUGACGCUUGAGGAUACCAAAUUUCGCAGUUAUCUGUCGAAAUUCUUAUUCAGUCGGAACGGUGGAAAAUACCAGCGGAACUUUCUUUUCAAGGAUGCCUUAACGUGCGGUCAAGAUACUCCUAUGAUCUCAGUAUCCACUAUAGAUUUCAUUUUUAAACGAUUUCACGGACCUCAUGAGUGGAUCCCGGCCAUGGAUGGAAGCAAGCACGUGGCGCACGACGUCGGGAUCGACGGUUUCGUCACGGUUUGGAGCGAAGUGUUCAGCUUGUGGGUCACCGACAAGCUGAUCGCUCAGGAAGUGCAGCGCAACGUUUUAUUGGCCUUGUUCUGUGUCAUGGGAAUGACUGGAUUGUUGAUCGCCGAGCUACAGACUUGCUUCUGGAUCUUCUUGUGCGUGCUUCUUACGCUUUUAAACGUUUGCGGAUUCAUGUAUUUCUGGGGAUUGACGAUCGACAUCGCAUCUUGCAUCGGCUUGGAACUGGGCAUCGGUUUAUGCGUGGACUACGCGGCUCACGUUGCACACGCGUUCAUAAACGCGGCGAGCGAAACCGGGGGCGAAGAUCGUACGAAAAGGGCGCACCUUGCUGUACGAUACAUCGGCGCAGCCGUUGCGUACGGCGCCGGUUCGACGUUACUCGCACUUUCCAUGAUGGCCUUCUGCGACAGUUACGUGUUUCACGCAUUCUUGAGGAUUUUUGUCUUAGUUAUACUUUUCGGUCUCUGGCACGGACUGUUCCUUUUGCCUGUUAUUUUAAGCACGAUCGGACCGCGAAGCCUGCGGUCGCAAACGCAACCUCCGAAGAAACGAGGAGACGCCGGCGACGCUGUUACCAGUCCGUUGAACAAGGAGUCGGAGAGCUGAAGCGAACAUUCUUUAUCAAUAAUAUUUAUUUUUGGUUCAAUAAACAUACAAAAUUAUUACACUA